GGGGGGCGGCGGACGUGGUAUACUCGGACAGAGGGGUGGCGGCGGACGUGGUAUACUCGGACAGAGGGGGUGGCGGCGGACGUGGUAUACUCGGACAGAGGGGGGGCGGCGGACGUGGGUUGUAUACUCGGACAGAGGGGGGGAUCGGCGGACGUGGUAUACUUGGACAGAGGGGGGGUGGCGGUGGACGUGGUAUACUUGGACAGAGGGGUGACUGUGGAUGUGGUUACUGGGACAGAGGGGGUGGCGGUAGAUGUGGUAUACUUGGACACAGUUCCCCACACACGGCUAAUGUGUAAGGUAAAGUCUGGAAUAUCUGAAUAUAAAUGGAUA